AUGGUAAACAAAAAUAUAUUACUAUCAUUAGCUUUACUAUUCACGCUGGCAUCUUUACUUUUCGUAACGAUAUCCACUGCAGGUGCUUCUUCAAAUUAUAAACCAAUAACAAAUGUAUACAUAGGUGAAGCCGAUAUAUCUCAUAUUAAUAUCACAAAGAUUAUUCCAGAAUUGUCAAAUGUUAUGACUUUCCUAGGAGCUGCUUUAAUUUACUCUAAUAUCUCAUCCGAAACUUUAUUCGGCGCCUUGAAAAACCUUUCUCAAACUGCUGCUUUAGAUCCAAUCUUAGAAAUAUUAAUCGAUUCUGAUAAUUUAACCAGCACUUUAGAUUCAGUCGUCUCAUUAUCUCCAUUACUAGUGUCUGGUAACAUCAGUGUCACUGAAAGUGAGGUCUCUGGAAUUGAACAAGUCUUGGCUUUAUCUUCAAACACCAGUAAGACUUUAUCUGAAUUGACUGACUUAGUCACUGAUCUAUCUUCUUCAAACUCAACUUCAAGUUCUGCUUUAACUUCUUUGGUCUUUGAAUUAUUAGAAGAUUCUUACAAUGCUACCGCUGUCACCAAUGCAUUAACUGAUUUAUUAGGCAUGGGUCUCACCAACUUAAUGAGUUUGUUACCAGCUUUGGAAAUCAUCGAAGGCUCAAACAACGCUUCCGCUACUUUUGAAUCAUUAGUCACAUUGAUGAACAGUUCGAUCUCUACUAGUGUUGAAACUGUAUUGUUGAGUACUUUAUCUACUUCAUCCAACAUUACUUCUACAAUUGUAGGAAUGGAAAGCUUGGAACCUGCUUAUAAGGACGCUUUAGAAGCUGUCAGAAUAUUAUUUGAAAGUGCAAAGAAUCAAACUCAAACUUUAAGCUACUUGGAAGAAAUCAUUAGCAGUAAUUUGACUACUUCUUCUGUCGCUAAAGAAGCAAUGGCUGAUUUAACUACUAUUUACGAUAACAAUAAAGACAAAGAAACUUUAAUGUCCACUAUCUCAUCCUUAACUUCAUCAUUGACUACCUUGGCAAGUUCAUUAACUAGCACUACUACUUCUGAAUUGAAAUCAUUAAAUGAAUUGUUAAACUACAGUACAAAUUCUUCUGCUACCGUUGAGUUAUUGGAUGAAUUAGAAUCUGUCUUGGAUGAAGAUACUAGUUUAGCUGGUUACUUCCCAGACUUGGUUACCUUACUUGAAGCAUCCACUAAUGCAACAGGCACAAUGGAAGCUUUAUUAGAUUUAAUUGAGUUUGCUUCAACUAGUGAAGCCACAAGUCUAUUACCAUUAGUCGAACUAUUAUCCCAAAUUACCGGUAUUGAUUCGGUUACAUCUGAACAGUUAUACACAUUAACUCCUAACAUUUUAGAAUACUUGAACAUUCCAUUCAAAUUCAGAUUAUCUAUUUUCACAUUAUGCAAAAUUAAUGGGGAAAACAAGAUUACCACAUGUUCAAAAUCUCAUGCUGUUCAAAACUUAGACUUCAGAACCAUUAUCUAUGACGCCUUAUUGGAUUCCGAUUUUGAACCAUACGUUGAAGCUUUAGGUUUGACUAAAUAUGACUUACAAUUACAAGGUAAGUUAUUAAAGAAAGAAAAGUACUACGUUCCAGCUGUCAGAGCUGUAUUAGCAUUUAACUUAAUUUCUAUUGUACUUGGUUUCUUCUUAAUGAUCUGUUUCACUAUGAUGAUUGUCCGUCCAGCAAUCAAGGUCUAUGGAUUGAAGGGUUGUUGUUUCGUUCUUGUCACUGGUUUCUAUUUCAUAGCCACCGCAUUAAGUCCAAUUAUUAUUUCUGCUAUGAUCCAAAUCAUCAAAAGUGGUACUGCUGCUGAUAAAUUCAAUGUUGUCUACACUAGUGGUGCUGCAUCCUUAGGUCUAACAUGGACCAGUUUCUGUCUUUCUUUGUUCACAUGUUCGAUUGUCCUAUACAUCUGGUGGACUGACAGAAAAUCAGCUGGUGCCGUUGUUGUUGAUAAGGAAAUGAGCGGAGAAAGCAGCGAUUCUUCAUUAAAAGCUUCAAAACAAGAAAUCAAGAUUGAGACUGAAAAGGCAUCUGAUAAUUAA